AUGGAACCAUGGAUCAAAAUUCUAGCCCUAGUUCUCCCCGCUGCCAUAAUCCUCCUCCUCGUCUCCGUUCUCAUCUUCUGGUGCCGCCGGAGCCGGCGCCGGCACCUCGUCUCCAAGACCACCCCACAAUUCUUAGAAACAAGGACCAAGUCCAAAAAUGAAAGCCUCCAGGCCGCGCUCGCCAAGCUUCAUCUCUCCUACAAAUCUAGAAGCAGUAGCAAAGCCAGCCUCCGCUUCCAGCACCUCCACCACCACCACCAUAACGACCAUCAUCCAGUUGUUGCUGGACAGCAGCCGCCAUUCAAGUGGGACGACCACCCGCGGCUCAUCUCGGAGGCGGUGGAGAACGGAUGGUCGCGUUUCGCGUUGACAAGCCGACCUUCCUUGGCCUCCGCCCGGCUAACCCCCAGCCCCCUGUGGGGCCUCUGCGCCGUCUGCGAUGGUGGAACACAGGCGGAGACCGAGUGGGAGGUGCCCCUUGGAUCGUCGGAGUUCAUGCAGACGGUGCGGCUCAAUCCGAGCGGCGACAACGACCCCACUGUUUGGUGGAGCGUCAGGAUGGCCCUCCCCUUGCCGGGCCCACCCUUGGGAGGCUCCUCUUUCCCUCAGGAAGCCUACUUCGAGAUCACCAUCCUGUACCUCCAACCGCACCAGCAACUGCAGCAGCAGGAGGAAGACGACCGGGUGAAGCUGAUCGAAGAGAAUUCCAUCGAAGGGCAGUCGGAUGCCGUGAUCCAUGCAACGGAGAAGGCUGCUCGUGGCAAUAGUCGGAUCCAAGAGCCAGGAACCGUCAUCAAAGAGGAAUCACGAGGCAGAGGCGACAGCGGCCCACUCGUCUCCUUGGGUCUCACCGUAGGAGGUCCUCCUCCAACUAGAUCAUCACCUGGGACCUAUUCGGGAUCCAUCGGCUUCCACUCCAAUGGUUCCGUCUACCUCGACGGGAUGAAGCUGGGGUUGGAGUCGGAGAAAACAGGGUGGACGGAGGUGAACAAGGUGAUCGGCUGCGGGUUCGACCCGGGUAGGAAGAAGGUCUUCUUCACGGUGGACUCCCAGCUGAUUCACGUGAUCUACUGCAACUCCGAGCCGUACAGAAGCCCGCUCUACCCGAUCCUGGCGGCAAGCGUCGACGUGAUGGUUCUGGUCAACCUGGGGCAGAGCAAGUUCAAGUACGCCCCGGCCAACGCGCAUCGGACGCCCAAUCCCUGCUUCAUGCGCUCGGCUUCUGCCGACUGUGGAGCCACGGACGUCUGCUACGAGGAUAGCCGAGAGCUCUUCUCCAUGGGAAGGAUAGACUCCGACUGGCUUGACGCUGCCAAGCAGAGCAACAGCGGCAAGAAUGGCCGCAACGAUGGUGGCGGCGUUGCGAUAGAUGUCGACGCGGAGUCCGAUCUGUUCGAGAUUGCCUUGCACAGUUGAAAGUCAAAUCAGACAGCCUGGUGGAUUGGAGCGUUUGCAAAGCAAGCCCGCAAUUUCGAAUAUGGAAUUCAGAGAUAUCCAAUAGGAAAUGAUACCUAGUCGGUCAAUAUUUAUCGGAUUUAAAAACGAAAAGAAGGUUAAAAAGUUGGAGGGGUUUGAUCCUCUAAUAUUCAUGAAAGCCUUCGAAAUUCACCGCUGGCUUUGAUCUCCAUCGUUGUGCCAUUUGGAAUGGACAGAGAGAUUGGUUUUAUUUGAGUAAUAAAGACAUGGAAGAAAGAUCAAAGAGCCGGCGGCAUAAUGACAGCGGGACAGUGAUAACAAUGCGGACACUCGCUUUGACAAACAAGAUGGUUCCAGUAAAGACAGAAAUAACAUCGGACAACGACACAACGAUUAUUGUCGAAGAUCAAAUGUUUCUGGUAUGCCAUCUUUAUCUCCUGCUCGGUUAAAGGACAUAUAAAGGGGUUUGAGUCGGAAAGGCAGCUGCCCAUGGGAUCCCGGUGGAGCACCCGUUCUCGAUGACUGACCUCAUCAGCAUUGUUGCUAUCAUUUUUUUUUUUGAGAAUAUUAUUGCUGUCUUUUAUUCAAUAUAGCACACAACUAUUUAUUUUGUAUAUUAUGUAUAUUACAAAGCAAUUCCAAAAUUUAAUUUUUAUCCUA